UUGUUCCUCUUUUGGAUGAUUGAAAAGAGAAACAAAGAGAAAAGCUAUCAGCGAAAACAAAUUUGGAACCAGAUUAAGAAACUUCCUGCUUAUCAUGCACGGAAGAGUUUUCUCCAAGCUUUACUUUCGAGUGACGUAGUAUUGGUUGUGGGCGAAACUGGUUGUGGCAAAACUACCCAAUUUCCGCAGCAAGCUUUAAACGUUGGUUAUCACUCCAUUGUUAUUACUCAACCUCGUAGAGUGGCUGCCAUUUCUGUUGCAGAGAGAGUUUGUAGGGAGCGUGGAGUAACUCUGGGUUCUCAGAUAGGUUAUGUUGUGCGCUUUGAUGAUAUGACUUCUUCAGAAACCAAGUUACGCUAUGUUACUGAUGGAGUUUUGUUACGAGAAGCUAUAAUAGAUCCUGAACUAUCAAAGUACGACUUGAUAUUUGUUGACGAAGCUCAUGAGAGAUCUUUACAGACAGAUAUUGUUUUAGGAGUCGUAAAGAAAGCUCUAACCAACCGUCGAGGAUCCUUAAAAGUGGUGAUAAUGUCGGCCUUUUUUGAAACUGAUAAGUUGCGAGGUUUCUUUUCAACAUUUGAUAUAUCCUUAUUGCAGAUUGAAGGAAGAUUGUAUCCAGUAGAUAUUUUCUAUACGAAAAGCCCGUUGGAAGACUAUUUGGAAGCAGCAGUCGUUGCCUGUCUUCAAAUACAUUUGGAGGAAUCAUUUCCGGGUGAUAUUUUGAUAUUUCUUACAGGUCAAGAAGAAAUUGAAAUUGCUACUCGUAUGAUAAAGGAGAGACUCGAAAGCUAUCAAUCAUUAUUGGAUAAGAGAUAUAGAGGAGAAGAAUUGACUCAAUUCACGGAGAACAAUGAUACAUUAUAUUCUCUUCGAGUAUAUCCUUUGUUUGCUGCACUCUCACCAGAUGACCAAAGAGCUGCAUUGAAGCCUUCUCGGAAUCGGUAUCGCAAGGCAAUCUUAGCUACCAACAUUGCAGAGACUUCAAUAACCAUACCAGGUAUUAAAUUUGUUAUAGAUUGCGGUUUUUCAAAACAGAGAUUGGUUUCCAAUAUGAAAAAUUUGGGUGCAUUACGAGUUUCUCCGAUAUCGCAGGCACAAGCACUUCAAAGAGCAGGCCGAGCUGGAAGAGAAUGUCCCGGCAAAUGUUUUCGUUUGUACACAAAAAGUGAUUUUGAUAAACUUCCUUUUCAUCCCAUUCCUGAGGUUUUAGUGAGUGACUUGGUGUCAGUUACUUUACAACUGAUGGCGAUGGGAGUGGAUAAUCCACUUGAAUUCGAGUUAUUGGAUAAGCCUAGAAUGGAUUCGUUUCAACAUGCUUUGGAAGUAUUGCUCUCAAUCGGAGCACUUGAAUCUUCUAUGAAGUUGAAUAUGAUUGGAAAGCAAAUGGCGUUCUUUCCAUUGUCACCAAUGCUUUCCAAAAGUUUGCUGGAGUCGAUUACAUUAAGUUGCUCAUCCUCCAUGUUGGCUUUGUGUUCCAUUCUCAGUACUGAAUCAGUUCUUCAAGUUUCCUUUAAGAGUCGUAACACAGCAAUUCAAGCUUGGAACAAAUUUAUCUCUUUUCUUGGGGAUCAUUUUACUCUUUUACAAGUCUUUCAGUCGUAUCUCUCUAUUCCUGAAUGUGAACGUACGAAUUGGUGCAAAGAGCAUCAUCUCAACUAUCGUUCUUUAGCUACUGCACAUAAUAUUUAUCGACAGCUAUCUCAAUUGUUCCAAUAUUUUCAACAAAGAUAUCCAUCUUCAUCUUCCAUAUCACGUUAUGAAGAGGAAAGUGAGCAAGAUAGAUUGGGUCGAUGUUUGGUUAGCGGAUUUUUUCGACAAACUGUUAGAAUUGGAAAAGAUCGUCAGUUGUAUACUAUGUUUGAACCAUUGAAAGUGGACAUACAUCCAUCUUCAAUUUUGCAUGGGCGUUUGUCUUCUAACGAGGAGGAACAAUAAUGAAAGUGAAAGAAGAAUGGCUUCUA